AUGGCAACCUCGACGGCGACGAUGGCCAUCAAACUCUCCAAUACGGCGCCUGAAAACCAAGAUGCCGACUCCCUGCAAGGGUACCCUAAUCCUUCCCUCCAAGACGACCCAGUGGCCAAGUUCAAUGUUCCCAAGGACGACGAGCCUCUUCUCACCACGCGCUUCCCGCGCAUCCCACGCUUCAGUGACAAGUACGAAGAGAGAGAGUACUUAAAAGGCCGCCUCGCCCUUGCCUUUCGUAUUUUUGGCAAACGAGGGUUUGACGAAGGAGUGGCGGGUCACAUCACCCUUCGGGAUCCCGUCAACCCCAACACCUUCUGGGUCAAUCCAUUUGGCGUGUCGUUUAAUAAGAUUAAGAAAUCGGAUCUUAUCCUGGUAGACGAAGAAGGCAACAUGAUCGGGGGCGGCCCUUGCAGGCUCCUCAACACCGCCGCGUACAUGAUCCAUUCGGCGAUCCACAAAGCUCGCCCGGAUGUAAUGUGCGCCGCUCACUCACACAGCCUGUACGGUCGUGCCUUUUGCGCCCUGGGACGGCCCAUCGACUUCAUCACCCAGGACUCGUGCGCGUUUUACAAUGACCUCAGCGUCUAUCGCCAGUUCGGAGGGAUUGUCUUUGCCAAGGACGAGGGCGAGAAAAUCGCUAAGGCUUUGGGCAACAAGAAGGCGUGCCUCCUGCAGAAUCAUGGUCUUCUGACCGUCGGCCAAACCGUCGAAGCUACCGUUUUCUGGUUCUGUUCUCUGGAGAAGUGCUGCCACGCUCAACUCCUGGCGGACGCGGCUGCUGCCGGUCGUGGAGGCUCAACGAUUAAAAUAAACGACGAGGAUGCAGCUUAUACUGCCCAUUCUAUCGGAAGACCCUGGCCUGGUUGGUUCAGCGCGAAACCUUUGUUUGAGGACAUGGAAGCGGAGGUCGGCGACCAAGUUUAUCAAUAG